ACGUCAUUUGAGUGACAACUAGAUCUGACGUGUAUGUCAUUGAUUGGCCAACGUCAGCAAGCCACGCGAGCGUCUACUUCAGUUGCAGCUUGUUUUAGGUCUUGAGCAGGAUUAUAGCAUUUUCCGUUUUCGGGGAAGCUCCGAUCUGAGUUUUUUUUUUAGCGAUGGCGAAACUAAACCUUAGCUUGAUCUCUCUGAUUCUUAUCGGUCUCGUCGCGAUCGCCUCUGCUAGUGUUAUCUUCGAGGAGAAAUUCGAUGAUGGAUGGGAGAAGAGAUGGGUAAAAUCUGACUGGAAGAAAGAUGACAACACUGCUGGGGAAUGGAGCCACACUGCUGGCAAUUGGUCUGGUGACGCCAACGACAAAGGUAUUCAGACUAGCGAGGACUACAGAUUCUACGCCAUUUCAGCUGAGUUCCCCGAGUUCAGCAACAAGGACAAGACCCUUGUGUUCCAAUUCUCUGUCAAGCACGAGCAGAAGCUUGACUGUGGUGGUGGUUACAUGAAGCUUCUCAGUGAUGAUGUUGACCAGAUGAAAUUUGGUGGAGACACUCCUUACAGCAUCAUGUUUGGCCCAGAUAUCUGUGGCUACAGCACUAAGAAAGUUCAUGCUAUCCUUACCUACAAUGGAACUAACCAUCUGAUCAAGAAGGAGGUCCCAUGUGAGACUGAUCAGCUCACCCAUGUUUACACAUUCAUCCUCCGCCCAGAUGCUACUUACAGCAUUCUUAUCGACAACGUUGAGAAGCAAACUGGUAGCCUCUACUCUGACUGGGACCUCCUCCCAGCAAAGAAGAUCAAGGAUCCAAGCGCCAAGAAGCCUGAGGACUGGGAUGACAAAGAGUACAUUCCUGAUCCGGAAGACACAAAGCCAGCAGGAUACGAUGACAUUCCAAAGGAGAUCCCAGACACUGAUGCAAAGAAGCCUGAGGACUGGGAUGAUGAAGAAGAUGGUGAGUGGACUGCCCCUACCAUUCCCAAUCCCGAGUACAACGGUGAAUGGAAGCCCAAGCAAAUCAAGAACCCUAACUACAAGGGAAAAUGGAAGGCUCCAAUGAUUGACAACCCUGAGUUCAAGGAUGACCCAGAACUCUAUGUGUUCCCCAAAUUGAAGUACGUUGGAGUGGAAUUGUGGCAGGUGAAAUCUGGAUCCUUGUUCGACAAUGUCUUGGUGUGCGAUGACCCAGAGUACGCUAAGAAAUUGGCUGAGGAAACCUGGGGAAAACUCAAGGAUGCUGAGAAAGCAGCUUUCGACGAAGCUGAGAAGAAGAGAGAGGAAGAGGAAUCAAAGGAUGCUCCUACAGCUGACUCUGACGCCGAGGAAGAACAAGAGGAUGAUGACCAUGAAGGAGAUGAAUCCGACGCCGAAUCAAAACCUGAGGAAACCAAGGAAGAAACCUCCUCUGAGAAGGAUGAUGCCGCCGCCCAUGACGAACUCUAAGCUGAAGAAUGUGGAGACUAAAGGAUCUAAAAAGCUUUCAGAGUCUUAUUUGUCUUUUUUUUUUUUUCUAAUUUACCUUUUUGUUUUUAAGGAACUAUUUUAGCUCUAGUUUGUUUGGGAUGUUCAGAGAAAUUGAAGUGGGCAUAGCAGCUUAUUUUAGACUUGAUAAAAUUCCUCGUCCCUCUCA